UUCACGUCAUCAAACCCGGAACUGACUGCGGCACAAGUUCUUUAUAGAUACAAAUAGCUAGCUUGAUAGAUAGCUAAAAUGCCGUAUAUCACGGCGAAUCUGCUAUGUUUGUUGUUUUUUGUUACAGUAGUCCGUCUUGGGACCGCAGCAGAGGUGUCCCUAUGGAAUGUGGACAUCGUUUCAGACCAGGACCUAGUCUUCAGGAAGACAUUGUAUGCCAACACAACCAUCUUCAUGAAGUUUCAAGGAGAUGUGUCGAUGUGCGACGGAAACCUGGCCUUCAACAUCAGCUGGUACCUGCGCUCAUCCGUGUGCUACAACGAGGUCUUCAACACUCCCGACAGCAAGGCAAUGAGCAUGUUCGGGAUGGACCGCAUGUUGAGGGACGGCUGGACUGGCUUUUACAGUCAAGGCUACAUGUUGUUUGAAAACUGCUCUGCCCUCUUCCUGCCCAAGGUGUACUACUCCGACUUCAGUCCCUACCAGGCCCUCAGCAUCCCGUCGAGAGAAGAUGACAGACCUUCGAAUCACUCCACCCCUCAGGGUUGGUCAGAGAAGCCAGAAAUCGGCGCGGUGGCCAAGGCCUGGUCGGACAGCCCGUACCUGUUCAUAGUGAGGGUGCAGUCCGCGCCAUCAGACUCCAUCAGUGGGAGGUCAGGGUUAGAGGAGGAGGUGGCUAACGAGCUUCCAAGAGGCUUUGCAUUCACAAUGACGGUGGAGAUGAAAGGACCUCGUGAAUACUCCUCUCCUGCUGACUGGCCUCUGAUGAUGUUCUUCAUGGUCAUGUGCAUCGUCUACGUGCUGUUCGGGGCCCUCUGGCUCUUCUGGUCCGCCUGCUACUGGAGGGAUCUGCUGAGGAUCCAGUUCUGGAUCGGGGCUGUGAUCAUCCUGGGCAUGUUGGAGAAAGCUGUGUUCUACUCUGAGUACCAGAGCAUUCGCUACAGAGGAGACUUUGUGCAAGGAGCUGUGAUUUUUGCUGAGCUUCUCUCCGCCCUGAAGAGAUCCCUGGCUCGGAUCCUGGUUCUCAUCGUCAGUCUGGGCUAUGGCAUUGUCAAGCCUCGGCUGGGGACCACCGUGCACAGGCUGGCAGCAGUGGGCCUCCUCUACCUGGUCUUCUCCUCGGUUGAGGGAGUGCUGAGGGUCACAGGCGGCUUCUAUGGAACGGUGGCACUCGUGGCUAACCUCAGCCUCUCCCUCAUCGACUCCUGCGUCAUGUGGUGGAUUUUCAUCAGCCUGUCCCAGACCACUCGCCUGCUGAAGCUGCGCAGGAACGUGGUGAAGCUGUCCCUGUACCAGCACUUCACCAACACGCUCAUCUUCUCCGUCCUGGCUUCUAUUAUAUUCAUCAUCUGGACAACCAAAGUUUUCAAGCUGGUGGACUGCCAAACGGGCUGGAGGGACCUGUGGGUGGACGAUGCAUUCUGGAGACUUCUCUUCUCCACCAUCCUGCUGGUCAUCAUGGUGCUGCUGAGGCCCUCCGCCAACAGCCAGAGGUUCUCCCAUUCCCCCCUCAUUGAUGAGGACGAGGAGGAGGAUGAAGCCAAGGAGCCCAUGCUGAAUGAAGCUUUUGAGGGGAUGAAGAUGAGAGGUGCAAAACCGGACAGUAACGGUGCCCAGAAACUGCUGAGUAAAGAGGAUGAGGAUCUGAAGUGGGUGGAGGAGAACAUUCCUAGUACAGUCGCAGAUGUAGCCCUGCCUGUUAUGCUGGAUGAGGAGGAGGAAAUUCUCAAGACCAAGAUGGAGAGAUCUAAAAUGGAGUAAAAAAAGAGGAAGAGAACACUGGAAAGAGGGAGAUUUCAGCGAUUGGGCGACUAUGAAUGAUUAACGGUUAAACUAAGCGCCAAUGAAGGAAUCACGUGGCAUGUUGUACACUCCUAGGUUCAUUUUAGUUCUUCUUUGGUACAACCAGGAGUGAAGUGGUAGGAAACAGGAAGUAAGGCCUGUCAGAAGAGUGAUAUGUGAUGUCUGUCAGGCAUCUGCCGUCCCACUCCUGGCACAGUGAAUUACAGAGACUGACACCGACCACGUUUAAUAUUCACCUCACAGGCCUAGAUUUAUUUGACAAUUAGGUGUCACUUUUUCAGCAACUCCUUUCCUUGGCUCAUAUUAUGCCACCUCAAUGUAAACUGACUUUUGCCGCUGUCCUUGUGAAUUCUACUGCGGUGUGGUCAGUGUGAGCUUAAUAACUUAUUAGCCUAUAGCUAAAUUGUUUUGUAUUGUCGAAUGGCCAAGCAGUGGGAUGUUUGUUGCAGAAUGUGAAUACAGGUAUUUAUUUGUAUAUUCUGCGUUGUACUUGAUCUGAUUGUUUUGCUUUAUUGCUUUUGGGUAUUAAAUUAAACAUUUCUACUAAAA